AUGACAAAGCCUUAUACUGAAGAUGAUAUUGCUACAGCACUUUUUGCGAUUGCAGGAGGCAUGUCUAUGCGUAAGGCUUGCUCAGAAUAUGGUAUUCCCCGCAUUACUUUACACAACCGUAUAAAUGGCCACCUUUCACAUAAAAAAGGUGCACAAACCCUACAGAAGAUAGCUACUGUGCAGGAGAGAGCUCUGGCAGAUUGGAUUUUAGUACAGGAAGCCCUAGGAACUAGCCCUACCCAUCGUCAAAUGCGAGAAUUAGGAGAGUCCAUUCUCAACCUCGAAGGAGGUGAUUUAUCUCUUGGCAAGCGAUGGAUACAUGGUGUUUUGAAAAGAAACCCAGAGAUUAAGACUAAAAGGCAAUAUAAAAUCGAUAAUGCCCGUAUCAAUGGUGCAACUACCGAAAUUAUAAGCAAGUUCUUCGAAAAGUUGGAUUUACCAGCAAUUAAGCAUAUUAAGCCCGAAAACAGAUGGAAUAUGGAUGAAGCUGGUAUAAUGGAAGGCCAGGGUCUCAAUGGUAUGGUUCUUAGGAGUUCAAAGCGACGCUUUAUUCAAAAAAAGCAACCCGGUUCAAGAACAUGGACCUCUUUUAUUGAGUGUAUCUCAGCUACAGGGAAAGCACUUUUACCUUUAGUUAUAUUCAAAGGUAAAACACUUCAACAGCAGUGGUUUCCUAUUAAACUUGAUAUCUAUAAAGGGUGGGAGUUCACUGCUACAGAUAAUGGGUGGACUACAGAUUCUACAGGUUUGGAAUGGCUAAAAGAGGUGUUUAUACCACAAUCAGCACCAACUCGACCGGAAGAGGCAAGACUCCUUGUUUUGGAUGGGCACGGAAGUCAUGAAACCACUCAAUUCAUGCUUGAAUGCUUCAAGAAUAAUAUACACCUCUUAUUUCUACCACCUCAUACAUCACAUAUACUACAACCUCUUGAUUUAUCAAUAUUCUCACCUCUAAAAAAAGAAUAUCGAUACCACCUCAAUACUCUAGAUUCAUUGACGGAUUCAACUCCCAUUGGCAAAAGAAACUUUCUUGCCUGCUAUCAGAAAGCUAGAUUAAAAGCUUUAACACUUCGAAAUAUCACUUCUGGGUGGAAGGCUUCAGGUUUAUGGCCUCAAAACUGCGCUAAACCUCUUUUGUCCAGAUUAUUGCUCGAAAACAGUAAUCAAGAGGUUGUAUAUCAAAAUCCUGUUUCAUACAAUGAUACUGAGCUUCAAUGGAAUAUACAUUCAUCUUUUAUUGCAUGGAAAACCCCUCAAAAAGGAAGUGAUAUUCGAAGAUAUGCCGAUAUAAGUCAACUACCCCACUUUCCGACCACCCCCUCUUUUCGACCACCUCAAAAACCACACCGCUUUGAGUAA